AUGGCCGGGGGCACCAGGCCUCAACCCACACGGGAGUUGAAAAAACCAGCAUUGCGAGGUUCAGCCAGACCACGAGCUUCUAUUGCCCCUGAACGAGUAGAGACACCGAAAAUUUCUUCGCGGACACAGACACCCAGUGCGACACGAGCUCUGAAUUCCCCUACUGAAAAUGCUGGCAACAAACGAAAGGAGCGUGAUUUUGAACAGAAUGUUCCCGGCGACACAAAUAUCCGAGUCAUUGUCCGCUGCAGGGGCAGGAGUGAUAGGGAGGUCAAGGAGAAUAGUGGCGUUGUUAUAUCUACUGAAGGAGUGAAAGGGACGACUGUGGAAGUGUCUAUGGGUCCCAAUGCGCUGGGAAAUAAAGAGUAUCAAUUCGAUAAGGUCUUUUCUCCAGCAGCCGACCAAGCUAUAAUAUUUGAGGAUGUCGUUACCCCGAUAUUAAAUGAGAUGCUCUCCGGAUACAAUUGUACUAUAUUCGCAUAUGGCCAAACUGGUACCGGGAAAACGUAUACCAUGUCAGGCGAUAUGACAGAGACUCUUGGAUUGCUCUCGGACAGUGCUGGUAUAAUACCGCGCAUUCUUCAUGCUCUAUUUCAAAAGAUCGAAGGCGUUGAUAGUUCCGUCAAAUGCUCCUUUAUCGAACUCUACAAUGAGGACCUCAGGGACCUUCUUUCGUCUGAAGAUAAUGUCAAGCUGAAAAUAUAUGAAGAAGGCAUGAAGAAGGGCCACAAUGGUACCAUGAUCCAAGGAGUGGGCGAAACAUAUAUCAACUCUGCAUCUGCCGGGAUUAAACUGCUCCAGGAGGGCAGUCAUCGGCGACAGGUCGCUUCAACAAAGUGCAAUGACCUCAGUUCACGAAGUCACAGUAUUUUCACCAUUACCACCUUCCUCAAGCGGAUUUCGGACAAGGGUGAAGAAUAUAUAUGCAGCGGAAAGCUAAAUCUCGUUGAUCUUGCGGGGAGUGAAGACAUUCGACGUAGUGGUGCUGAAAACAAGAGAGCUACGGAAGCUGGGUCGAUAAACAAGAGCUUGCUUACACUUGGACGAGUUAUAAAUGCUUUGGUUGACAAAAGCCCUCAUAUACCCUAUCGGGAAUCAAAACUCACACGUUUGCUUCAAGACUCCCUGGGAGGCCGUACGAAAACGUGCAUAAUUGCAACUAUUUCCUCUGCCCGUUGCAAUUUGGAAGAAACCAUGUCCACGCUAGACUACGCUUUUCGGGCAAAGAAUAUCCGAAAUAAGCCUCAGAUCAAUUCCUCAAUUUCCAAAAAAGCGCUACUGCGAGAAUUCACAACUGAGAUUGAGAAGUUGCGAAGUGAUCUAAUAGCGACGAGACAGAGAAAUGGGGUUUAUCUUUCGGCUGAAAACUACGAGGAAAUGACUGUGGAAAGCGAAUCUCGCCGCAUUCUUAGUGAAGAACAACGGGCGAAGAUCGAGACAAUGGAGAUCAACUUGAAAACCAAAGUUCAAGAAUACCUCGCUUUGACAAGCAACUUCAACGAGAUGAAAAAGAGCAAUGAAUCAACACGGUCAACGUUAGACCAGACAAAAUCUCUUCUGGAACAGACUGAGUUGAUUUUGGGCAAGGCUCAGAAGGACCUGGAGGAAGAGACAUUGUUGCGCCGUGCGCAUCAAGUGACCGAACAGAAACUCCAUGAUAUCGGCUCGAACCUACUCUCGGUUAUUGAUCAAUCUGUAACAGACGUUUCUGGGUUGCAUUCUAAGCUUAGGAGGCGGUCAGUUCUUCACAAACAGAAUAAGAAUGCCUGGGAAGAUUGCACUGCCAGGGUUCUGGACGUUGCAAAAUCCAUUGAUGGCAGGAUGGCGCUACUUCAUUCCCAGCAUUCGACUCUGAUGAAAGGGCUUACUGCUCGGGUGGAGGCCUUUGUAAGCGGUGAGCUAGAGGCCUUGAAAAAGAGUCGUGCACUUUUUACGGAAACAGAGACCUCUCUUUCAAGGUUUGAAGAAGACUCCAGAAGUCAAAAUUACAAGAAUCGUGAUACUAUGAAUGAAGUUCUGGAGGAAAUAAAGAUAUUGAGGGAAGAUGUGCAAGGAAAAGUUGGGGAAGGAUUAAAUGGACUCUCUUCUGCGGCGGCGAGGAUCUCUGGGGAAGUGAUACAGGAACUUCAGCAAUUCGAUUCUGAGUUACACUCCAUGUAUAACCUAUUAACCGUCGAUUUUACCGAUUUGUUCAAGUCAAUUGUGGACCAUCUUCACUCUCAAAAAGAAGAAGUUGACGACCUUCGUGCACAGCUCCGGAAGGCUAACGAGGAGGCUAAAAAAGCCAACGAGAAGGCAGCUUCUCGAUUGGAAUUGACUCUCGAAGAGGAACGACGUGCAGCAGAUGAGGAACGUUCUGUGCUAGCUUCACAGAUCCAGAACCUCUUAAAUGAGUCAAGUGACCGACAAGCAGCUCGCCUCAAAGGCAAAAUCGAUUGCAUCAAGACUGAAGUACAGAUAUCAGGAAAAACACUUCAGCAAUCGCAUAAUAAAUACCUCGAAACUUUGGAUAAUUGGGAUAAAAAGGAGGAUGAAUUGCUUGAGAAAGUGCUCAAAUCAGAAUCGGAAUUGAAAUCUAGGAUGAAAGAUCAUCUAGACCUUUUCAUUUCGCGAAACACUUCGAUACAUGCAACUACCAACACAGUUCAUGAACAAACAGUUCAUAUUGUUGAUGAACAAAAGAAGGAUAUGGCUGUUCAGAUGGAAGCCCUUGAUGAUUUCGUCAGGAGAGCCAGGUCUCAAAACAAUCAGCACUGCGAAGCAAGCAAUGAUAUUGCCAACAAACUGGGACAAAGGGUUAGAGAUGGGUAUCAGCAGCAGCUUCAACAAUUGGAUGGAUUUGAGAAGCGGGAGGCAGCCUUCCAAUCGGCCAUGCUGUCUGAAAAUAAAUCUCUUGGAGCCUUAGUGAAAACUGCUAUAUCCGAGGUUAAACAGCCACUAUCUGGUCUUCAAUCAGAGGUCCAGGCAACAUCUAUGGCAGAAUAUGUGCCAACUGGAACUACUCCCGAGAAGAAAACAUACAAAUAUGAAGCAACACUCCCGCGGACGGAAUCACAUUCCACUAUUCUUGGAAACCUAGGGUCUCCAUGUGAUCCAUCAGCCUCAGCAUCUCCUUCAUGCACACCGUUAGACUCUCCACCACUACAACAUGAGCCUCCCACAUCACCAACUAAGUCGAUGGUAUAUCAUGACUCAGAUAAUAAUAUCGAAGAUGAAAAGCCCCCGCCAGCCGACACUCCCGAGGAAUCCGGUCAACUAUCACCCUCAAAGCUGAGGGAAGUUGAUGUGAAUGUGAUGAACAAACCGAACGCCGAACCAGUGACUGCUGAAACAGGACGCAGUAUCGAAAGUUGCAAGGAAACGGAGCCUCCGCCUCUAAAGCGGCACCUUUCGUCUUCCGUCGCCGCUGCAUCAAACUUAACUGGCGAGACUAAGAUUCCGACGAAACGGAUGACACGUCGAAAUGCCAGGGGAAUAGCAAAUGGCGUAGGAGGUGGGCGAGAGAACACUCCAGUCUCUACUCUCAAUGUGGGAUCAAGAAUCAACGCAAGAAGAGUGAGGAGUGGCCCACACCAUUAA